AUGGGGAUUAUGUUCGCUACGCCCCUAAUGCACUUCUCAUCAACACCGCACAGGCUCAUCAGGGCAUAUAUCUAUGGCUUCGGAGGAAAGGUGGUGAAGGCUGCAAAUUAUAGUAUUCUUGCUCAGAGGGCGCCGAGCAUCCUUACGCUUCGAGACGCAAAGGAACAUAGACGCCGCCGGCACCGUGUUGCUUUGGCACUCGGAGAGGAUAAUGUUCGGUUUUACGAACCGCAGAUGUUAAACCAUAUCCGGACCUUUUGUGCCAAGAUGGUGGAAGGCGUAAAGAACGUAGAUGGCUGGUCUGCGCUCCGGAAUAUGGCGCCAUGGUGUAAUUAUCUGCUCUUCGACAUUAUGAUGUCUAUGGUUUUUAGUAGCGACUCGAAGCUACUUACUCAUCCCAAGUAUCGUCAUAUUCCGAACGCGAUUCAUCAAUCUUCAGUGUUGCAGGGUGUGCUUGUUCAGGACAAAACCCUGGCGAUACUUGGUUUGCAUAAGUACCUUUUCAAGACAGCCGUGCGAGAGCGUGUCAAGUUCGUUCAUUUCAUUCGAACCGUGCUAGGUAUUCGAUUGAACAAAUCCGCCAGUUAUACUGCGGAUUCAGAUCCCUGUCAUGACGUUUUCGCAUAUCUUCGUAAUAAUCUAAGUUCAGCAGACCUUGCACAGCUUUCUCCAAAAGAGCUCAGCGCCGAAUGCGCUACCUUGAUCAUCGCCGGGUCUGAUACUUCUACCAUGGGUCUUGCCGGAGCUCUCUUCUACCUAAGCCGGUAUCGAUCAGCAUACGACCGACUUGUGCAAGAAAUACGCGAAAAGUUCAACGAUGCCUCGGACAUACGCCUCGGAAAAACCCUAUAUUCCUGCAGCUACCUAAAAUCUUGCAUUCAGGAAACCCUCCGAAUCUCGCCCCCAGUUGGCACAGCACUAUGGCGCGAAGUCGAGCCCGAAAAUGGAGCUACCAUCGACGGUGCUGUUAUUCCCAAAGGCACUCACGUCGGAGUUGGCAUCUAUAGUAUUCACCAUAAGCCAAACCACUUUUCCGACCCUUUCACGUUCCGCCCCGAGCGUUGGUUGUCAGAAGCUCGUCCUGCAGAUCUUGUUAACCAUGAAACCCGAGCUUAUGGGCCGUUUUCGAUAGGUCCACGCAGCUGUGUCGGGAAAGGAAUCGCAAUGCAGGAGCUGAUGCUCUCUUUAGCCCAUAUAUUUUGGUCCCUUGACUUUGAGGCUCUGGCGCCCGAUGGUAAUCGCGUCACAAUCGAAGGGUCCGUUUUGCAUCCAAGUCCCGGGUGGACCGAGUUCCCUAUGAAGGAAUAUAUCAUCGCGGUUGGUGAUGGGCCUAUGUUACGCUUCCGUCGGAGGGCUGUUGAAUAAUCUUGGUGUUCGAACAGCGCUACCUAGUUAGUACUCUGUAGAAGGCUGAUUAGAGGGAGAUGGGGUUCCACUCGACUUGAGGUCAUAAGGUUGGUGGGGCAUUGUGGAUUAACUAUUUGCCGACUACUGACUAAUUUGAUGCCAAGAAACGUUGAAAUGUUGACUAAUCUA